GGGAGCGCGCAUGCGUGUGGCUGCUCAUAGGGUGAGUAGCUGAUGCGGCAGCCUCCUUCACACUGAGGCGAGAGGGACGCGCGUACAACAACACACCUGUCUCGCACCUAGCGGAUACAAUAUUUUCUCAAAAUAAUAUAUAACUGUUUUCCCCCGAGCGAGGUGACGCGUUUUGCUAAGCAGGGGACCCGAACUGGUCAAAAGGAUAAUCCUACGUUUGCUAGCUGUCUCGGCCAACAAGCUGUAAAAAGGGGAGGCAGGGCACCACAGACAUGAGGAACGAACGGGAGGCUACUCCGGCUGUGCUGAGGGGCAACCGAGAAAACAGGAGCUGUGACACCCAAAGCAGGGAGCUGGAACCUGGAAACGCACCCAUCAACGGCCUACGGCACAGGGAAGAGAGAAAAGCCGCACUAAGCAAGGUUGUAAUACGACGCCUUCCACCCAACUUAAAUAAAGAACAAUUGGAGGAGCAGCUACAUCCUCUUCCAGCACAUGAUUAUUUUGAGUUUUGUACUGCAGAUCCCAGCUUGUUCCCCCAUCUCUUUUCAAGAGCCUAUAUUAAUUUCCGAAAUCCAGAAGACAUCCUUCUAUUUAGAGACCGAUUUGAUGGAUAUAUAUUUAUUGACAACAAAGGCCAGGAAUACCCUGCAGUGGUUGAAUUUGCUCCUUUCCAAAAGAUUUCUAAAAAGAAGCUAAAGAAAAAAGAUGCAAAAGCAGGAAGUAUAGCAGAAGACCUUGAGUACAAGAAAUUUUUAGAAAACUACUGUGCUGAGGAAGAGAAAGUUUAUGCAAAUCCAGAGACUCUGCUGGGAGAAAUUGAAGCAAAAACAAAGGAACUAAUUGCCAGAAGAACAACUCCUCUACUGGAAUUUAUAAAGAACAGGAAACUGGAAAAACAGAGAAUAAGAGAAGAAAAAAGAGAAGAGAGAAGGAGGCGUGAACUUGAGAAGAAACGGAUAAGAGAAGAAGAAAAGAGAAAACGUAGAGAAGAGGAAAGGCGUAAACGGAAAGAAGCAGAUAAGCAAAAGAAAAUCUCUGAAAAAGAAAUUAGAAUUAAGCUUCUUAAGAAACCCGAAAAGGGAGAUGAAGCUGCCAGUGAAAAGCAGAAGGAGAAAGUAGAAGAGACUGAGGAGGAAGAUGCAAAAUGGGAAAAGCCUCCAGUAUCUGGAAGCAUAAAAGUACGGCCUUUUGAAAACUUUGUCAAAGAACUCAAAGAAAAGAACCUGAAUGAAAGUGAUAAAGAACAAAGGGAUACAGAAAGGAGAUUCCGAGAUAAAGACCUCGAAAGGCAAAGGUUUCGGAUGGAUGAUGGCAGAAAGCACAGAAACCACUAUGAGUAUGACAAGUUUAUGAGGCGGAAUGAAGACGAUCAGAAAUGGAGUAAGGGAUACAACCAGGACAGGUGCAAGAAAGGGAGCCACAUCUCCAGCUUUGCAUCGGAUGCAGUAGACAAACUGGGUAAAGAGGACAAGUGUGAUGACUUGGCAUCCAAAAAGGACCGCAUAAGAAAUAAGGAUCGCCCAGCCAUGCAGCUGUACCAGCCAGGAGCUCGCAAUCGCAUAACUACAGGAUUUACAAGUAAAUAUCCUGAUGAGACCUUCUACAGAAAGAAUGACACCAACAGUGUAGCAGGAAGAGGUACAGAGAAUGAAGAUGCUGGGUAAAACUCUUAAUAUGUAGAAGAGAUAGCAGACUCUCUGUGCUCAUGAAUGCAUCCCAGUAUGGCAUGGGCAGUAGAAACGGACACAAGUCUACAAUUGACUGCCUCCUACUUCUGCCAGAAAAAAGGGAAUACUUACUAUGAAAUCAGAUGUCUGAUUUACUACUCCCUUUAGUGCCAAAGAGCUCCAAAUAAACUGAACGGUAGACACUCUGACAUCUUGUGAUUGUCUAGUCUAGAAUGUGUCAGUCAUCAUCAUCAAACGGAGCUCUCCCUGUGCUCAGUGUGUUAUAAGAGCCUGUACAUACAUGUGUGUGUUUGAUGAAUUCAAGUAGUGUUGCUUUGCAUUGACUCCUAACUGCAUUCAGAUCCAUGGCAAUUCUAGAAAAAUAGGGACCAAUUUCUUUUCAGUAUGGAUCUGUACACAUAGGCAUAAAGCUGUAAGUGGAGGAAAACAGAAUGUGGAAUAUUUUGCACAUUGCUGUUAUGUUAUAGCAACGCAAAGAUGUGGUAGAAGGUAGAAUAAAUGGUUGGCCAAACCCUUUAAACUUGUAUGAAUAUACAACAUAUAAAGCAUGCAUCUGUUUGUGCAACAAGCAUGUCUUUAAUAUUGCCCUCUGAAGUCUCUGCAAUUUCUGCUUCAUUUUAAAGGGCAACUAAGCCUAGAAUAAACAAGGCCUAUUUUAAGCAGUCUUGCAGCAUGUGCAGGUCUUAUUUUUUCAUGGUCAGUAGCGUUAUGCAGAGUCCCGCUCACAGUCAUACAUUAACGUUUAUAUUAACCCGAUGGCCUGGGUUUGGAGAAUUGUGGAUGGGAGAAAGCCAGAAGGUAAGGAGAGUUUGCACAGAGGCUUAUGAGACGCAGGGCGGCUGACCAUAGCAAGGGGCACAGUAGCACUAUACCAUAAAUUUUUGUUCAGAUUUACUAUGUUUUCACACACUGAAAGAUUAAAAUUUGUGGAAAACAAUAAUACUUUAAUCACAUUUUAUGCUUUCAUUAGGUUUCUCGGUUUGCUGAUAUCUCUGAUCACUGUACUGAUAUCUCUGCAGUUUCUGACAACCUAUGAUACAUAAGUAAAUGUUAUUCUUGAAAGUGUCUACUGUAGGGAGAAUACAUACUUUUCAGAUGUACAUGAUACCAUCAUUGGCUAAGUUAUGUCAAUUUGAAACAACUAACAUUUUGAGAACUGGAAUGGAAGUCAUUUAUUGAUCAAACAGAGAUUUGAGAUGAUACAGAGGGGGGGAUUAUGCUGACUUGUGAGAUGAAUUAGAAAUAACACAAACAAGUUAAGAGUGACAGAAAUUCUAUGGCCUGGUCUCACAGAAGGCCUAUAUAUCUAAUUGUAAGUAGGAAUAGUUAUGUAAAAUGGUUGUGUACAUGGCAAUAUUCUUUUACAUCAAACUAUGUGUGGGCCUAUAACAACCCCAAUAUUUUGGAUUAGUUGAGGCUGAGCAGAAUCUAAUCUGAAAUCCCUGACAAAGGCCUAUGACAUCAAGCAUGGCAUCCUCUUGUAAAUAUGGUGUUUAACCUGCCUUUUCUAUUUUGGGUGCACACCUUUCCCCUUGGGUAGCUGAACCUGAAUAAUAUUGUGGUAUAUUUGUAUUUGCUGCUUUUGAUGUGGAUAGUUCUGUCACUGAAGCUUUUCAGUCAGUUUUCAGAUUAAUGGAAGGUUGGAAUGUUUUGUAGCUGUGUUGCUUAUAUUGCAGCUAUAGCUGCAGAUAGAUAUAGUGCAAGCUGACUUAGUGCUUUCCCAGCUAUGUUACUUCUCUGUAUUUGUGUGUAGAAUUUGCAGAUAUGCACCUUGAGAUUUUAACAUGCUCGAUACCCUAACCAGACUCAAGAGACACGUUUUUGUAAGUGAUUAAAUGUGCAGCAUAAAGACAGAUACUUUGCCUUACAUAAAAACAAGAAUUCUUAAUAAACUGUUUAUAUACCAAGCCAGUGCGGUUUCUGUUGUGCACACGUUCUUUCUUUAAAAAAUAAAUAUUUAAAGUUA